AUGGCGGAACAACUCUCCCGAUCGCUCCUGCCCCGCCUCUCCUGGACAGCGUCCACGAUGCGCCCCAGUGCCAGCGCCACGGCCAUGUCCACACAUGCAAGACUCUCCUCCCCCGCCCCGCGAACGACGGCCACCAGCGCCUUUGCCCGUACAGCCUGGGCAUCCCGGCGAAACAACAACAACAUGCCCAACACCAGCAAUCCCCACCACAAGACGAUCAACACCCCUCUCCACCGCCCCUUCUCCACCUCAGCCCCCCUCCGCAAAGACCACCACUUCGACACCCUAAAAUUCGUCCAACGUCYCGAAUCCUCAGGUUUCACCCGCGAACAAUCCACCUCCAUCAUGCGCGUUCUAGCCUCCGUAAUCGAAGAAUCCAUCCAAAAUCUCACGCGCACCAUGGUCCUACGCGAAGAUCAAGAAAAAGCCACCUACACGCAAAAAGUCGAUUUCGCCAAACUACGCUCGGAAUUACUCUCGGCGGAUUCUUCGGAGAGUAGUUUGACGCGUGCUAGUCAUGAGCGAUUGACGAAUGAUUUGGCGAAAUUGAAUAAUCGAUUGAGGGAUGAUGUGCAGCGGACGCAGUCGAGUGUGAGGUUGGAUUUGAAUUUGGAAAAGGGGAGGAUUAGGGAGGAGGCGAAUAGUCAGGAGUUGAAGAUUAAAGAGGUUGAGACGAGGAUUGAGCAGGAAUCUGCGGCGUUGAGGGAGAGGUUGGAGGCGGUGAAGUUUAGUACGUUGCAGUGGUUGAUGGGCGUUUGUACGGGGACUGCGGCGAUUAUUUUGGGUGUGUGGAGGUUGUUGAUGUGA